CACUCUAAUAUUUGUAUCGCAUGAUAACAAAAAGUCAACCACGACACAACUAUAUUUAAGAAUAUGAAUAAGAAUAAAAGAUUAAAUGUGAAAAGGCCAUUAGUAGCAGUUCUAAUAGCUUGGGUGACUGUUUUUGUUAUAGCCAUCAUUGCAAUCUUCUUAAUUUCCUUGGCAAGAUCUGGCCGAGACAAGAAUAAGAAACAUCAAAAUGCAGUGAUGAAAUUGGCAUCAAUUUAUACUGAUUUGAACAGAGAAGCUUCACCACAGCCGAGGAGAUUCUCCUACGGAUAUCUUUCUAUGGCGACAGACAACUUUUCUAUGCACAGAAAAUUGGGCCAAGGAGGAUUUGGGGCGGUGUUUAAAGGCCAUUUGCCUGGUGCUGAUAAGACAGUUGCUGUGAAGAAGAUUUUCAAAGGCUCAAGGCAGGGGAGGAGAGAGUACUUAAGUGAAGUGAAGAUCAUCAGCAAAAUGAGGCACAAGAAUUUGGUGCAACUUAUAGGCUGGUGCCAUCAGAGGGAUAAUAGUGAGUUUCUUCUUGUUUAUGAGUUCAUGCCCAAUGGAAGCCUUGAUUCUCAUCUCUUUGGUGGCAGCCCUCCUCCCCCGUGGCCGGUGAGGUACAAAAUAUCCUUGGGACUAGCUGCUGCACUGUUAUAUCUGCACGAAGAACGGGAGCCCAAUGUCAUCCACAGAGAUAUCAAAUCGAGCAACGUGCUCCUAGAUUCYGAUUUCACCUCAAAGCUUGGCGACUUCGGAUUAGCGAGGCUGGCGAGGAACAACGAACACAACUCGAGAACACCUGAGUUGGCAGGAACGUUCGGGUACAUGGCUCCGGAGUACAUAAGCAAGGGUAGGGCGAGCAAGGAGUCAGACAUAUUCAGCUACGGAGUUGUUCUACUCGAGAUUGUGAGCGGAAGAAAGUGUCGUGAUCAUUGGGAGAAGGGGCUCAUAGAGUUGGUUUGGGAUGCUUAUGGAAGAGGAGAGCUCGUUGAAGCUUUGGAUGGGAAACUGCGAGAGGGUUUAAUGGAGCAGCCAAGAGAGGCUGAGCGAAUGAGCUUGGUUGGGCUGUGGUGUGCUCAUCCUGAUGCCACUCACAGGCCAUCUAUCAAGAAAGUGAUUAAAGUUCUUAGUUUUGAGGAGGCAGCGCCUAAUUUACCACCAAAAAUGCCGCUCCCAACUUUCAACUAUGAUGCUAAUUUAUCCCUUAAAUUUCCUAAAAUGAAUGUUGUAUGUCCAGAGACAAACUUUGGCCUGACUUGUAGUUUAAGUUCUUAG